AAUAACAUUUUCGCACUUCAAUAAUAACUUAGUUUUAGAUCUGAUCUCUCCACACAAGACCGAGAUUAUGUUCUUAGCACCCUAGCAUCAUCCACUACAAUCUUUCCCAUCUCAUCUUUCAAAACCAAAAGAGAAGACAAGACGGGUGCCACUGUAAGUAAGUGAUCGAAAUCAAAGAUGGCAGGCUUCAGCGGCGACGAAACUGCUCCUUUCUUCGGCUUCCUCGGUGCUGCUGCUGCCCUCGUCUUCUCCUGUAUGGGAGCGGCGUACGGAACGGCGAAGAGUGGAGUGGGAGUGGCGUCGAUGGGAGUGAUGAGGCCUGAGCUUGUGAUGAAGUCGAUAGUGCCAGUUGUGAUGGCUGGCGUGCUUGGUAUUUAUGGCCUCAUCAUUGCCGUUAUCAUCAGCACUGGCAUUAACCCUAAGGCUAAGUCUUACUAUCUCUUCGACGGUUACGCCCACCUGUCCUCCGGCCUCGCCUGUGGCCUCGCCGGUCUCUCCGCUGGCAUGGCCAUCGGAAUUGUUGGUGAUGCUGGCGUCAGGGCUAAUGCUCAGCAGCCGAAGUUGUUUGUCGGAAUGAUUCUGAUAUUGAUUUUUGCUGAAGCUCUUGCUCUCUAUGGCCUUAUCGUCGGUAUCAUCCUCUCAUCCAGAGCAGGCCAAUCCCGUGCUGAGUGAAACAUCAUAAACCAAAUUAGUCAUUGCUGCUAGUAGUCACUUAAAAUUUUAGAGUCUGGCUUCUUUUUGGAUUGGAAGUUGGAACAGUUUCAUUUGAGUAGAGUUCUAUUAUUUCAUUUUAUUUAGAACCCCAAAUAUUGUAUCAGAAAUAUUAGUUUUGUGAUGAUGUAUUCUCCUGCGGAUGAUUCAUUUGGAUGUUUGCUUAAUUAAUGAUAUGAUACUUUAUUUUUUGUUUUGCAA